GACUUAAGGCAUAUCCGGAAGAACAACAGGACAAAAGACGGGAAAACAGAUCCAUAAUAGUAGUUGAAAGUGAACCUAUGUUAGAAGAUAAAGUUGUCAUUGAUAACUUUAUAGAAAAUAGACCUGAUGAAAACCAACUUAUAGAAUACGAACUAGUAAAAACUGUGUCAGAAGGUGAAGAAGUGGAAGAUAGAGAUGAGCCUGUGGAAAGUUCUAGAAAUCUUGAGAACAUUGAUGAAAGUAAUACACCUGUAGAGCUAUUUGUUGGAAAAAAGUUUGAUUUCUGGCUACUUGCGGAACAAUGUUUAAAAGAAUAUAGAUGGCAGAAUGGAUUUGUAGUAACUCGAUAUAGGGUUGAAUAUUAUAGAUCUCGAUUAACUAUAUCAGAAAUAAACAACUCUGUACAUAUAACUUUUAUUGAUCUUAAACAUAAUCAUGUUAUUAAUGUUGAUAAUGUAAGAUUCGCAACAGCAUUUCGAAAGUUUGAUGAGUCUAUAAUGAGUGAAAUUGAGCAUGCUGUUGUAUAUGGACACUGUGAUGCAUAUAUUAUAAGAAAUUUGUUACAACCUUUGUUUCCAAAUCAACUUUUUCUUACACAGAACCUAUCUAAUACCAUCCAAAAAAUCAAACGUGAAAAAAGAGUCGUUGGAUCUGAUGCAUCUCAUUUAUUAAAAUUUUUAUUACAACAGCAAAAAGAAGAUUCUAUAAUGUUUGUUCAACCUUUAAUAAAUGCAGACAAUGCAACUAACACUAAACCACGAGUUAUAAUGACCGAUAUGGAUCCUGCAAUGGAUGCGGCAUGUCAAUAUAAUUUUAAAGAAUUUAUUUUUGACUUUUGGAAAACACGAAAUUCAUUGUGUAUUGAAGUUUUUGAGCAUCGAUUUAGAUCUUUAUUAGAGAAGUAUCCUGCUGGAAUGCAAUCUACCCAGCAUGUUGAGUCAAUAAAUGCCAUUAUUCAUAAGUCAGUUGCUUCUAGUUCUAGUAUGUAUGAUGUGGUUGAAGCUUUAGAACUUCAUAUGCAAAGAGAAUUAUUAAAUAAAAGCUUUAUUGAAUGGAAGCACAAAUCAAUAAAUCAACAUCAAUUGUUUAUUGUAGAGAGGUUCUUCAGUAAAAUUAGUAGUACAAUUCAAAAAUACUUCACAUUACGAAUAAUUGAGGAAAUUCAAAAGCAAAUGUGUGAAUCGGUAUUUUAUAAAUGCGAAAAAUUGGAUAUUAGUCAUGCUUUUGAAUUCGAAAACCAAGACCCAAACGAAUAUAAUAAAUAUAAUGAAUUAAAUGAUGAUCAAAUAGAUAAUCAAAAUGAAAUGUUAGAAAGUAUUGAGGAUUAUUAUGAUAUUCAACAGACUUAUCUAAAGGCACUUUUAAGCUUAGUUUCAAGAAAGUCAAUUAAAGAAAAACGUCAAGGUGAAAAUAAUGGGCAAAGUUUUAUUCCUAGACAUUAUCAUAAUGUUCAAGAAGUUCAAGUUCAGAAUCGUUUGCAAAAAAAAAUAGAUUAUGGUCGCAUUAUGGGUCAUUUUAAAAAGGCUCUAAACUAUUCAUUAGAAGACAAAGAUCAAGAUAAUUUAGAUGUUUUAUCUAGUAUCAAGUUACCUGAUGGGCGAAUUUAUAAUGUUGAUGACAUUGAAGACCCAAUUGCACAAGUGUCUGUUGAUGAUGUUGAUAGCGAAAAUAGUGCAAAUAGACGUAAAUAUAGAUUGUAUUACAAAACAGGUCAUUAUGCUCCUAGAUGCCCUAAUAAAGAGAAUAAUUAA